AUGCCGACACCUCCGAGAACUGCACGCAAUAAACGCAAUUCUACUUCAGCAACGGAUACACCAACACCUCCAACGACUACACCCAGCAAACACAGUUCUACUUCCGCCAUGAAUACACCGACAAUGAUUGACCACAACAGUGCCCCGAGGCGCAGUUCACGAAACCCUACCCCGAAGGCUACGCCUCUACCCGGCUUAAAUGCUGGAGAUGAAGAUGAAAUGGAUCUUGAUUCAUCAGAUGAUGCUGACUCUGUAACCUCCACCCAGAGUAUUGUCAGUUCCGGUCCUCGUGAGCCACAACAGCGAGAUUAUGAUAAAUACAUGCCCGACCGCCUUCACAGUUCACUGUAUUACGACAUUGUUAUUAAACAUGUAUCGACAAGGCUAUACAAGAGAGAUGGACCUGGCUAUGUUUACAUCCUUCGAGUGACUCCAGUGACUCCGGACAAGGAUGGCGCAGAAUCAACAAACAACAAGAAAAUCAUUCUCAAAGUUGGAAGUUGCGCAAGCAUACCGAAGCGGCUCAAAACUCUUUCUGAGAAAUGCAAACAUAAUGAAUAUGAGCUUCUCAAGGACUAG